AUGGAGUCCGAUCCAAAUUCUAAUGCUUUGAACCCAAGAGAUUGUACUCAAGGCAUAUGUUCCACAUUUUGUCCUCAAUGGUGUAGUUACAUCAACUUCUUAUCUCCACCACCAAUCUCCUAUGAACAAUUCCUAAACGACGGCGUAUCAUCAAACCCCAAUCUCUCCCCUCUUGUCCUCGCCAUUAUUGGAAUCUUUGCAACUGCCUUUCUCUUGGCAACUUACUACACUCUUGUCUCGAAGUAUUGCUCCAACGACACGAGCGAUGAAGCUUCCUCGGAAAUGGGAAGAUCCGAUCAAAUUCUCGACGUUAACUCGCCGGAAAGUCAACACCAAGAUGACUCUUAUGCUCAUGAGUCUUCAAACGCCGGUUUAGACGAUGCCCUGAUAAAAAAAAUCGGGUUUUUCAAGUUGAAGAAGCAUCAAAACGGUCUCAAGAUCAAUGGUACGGAUUGUUCCAUAUGUCUUGGAGAGUUUAACGAAGAAGAGAGCUUAAGGUUAUUGCCUAAAUGCAAUCACAUUUUCCACGUCAUUUGUAUUGAUCGGUGGCUCAAAUCUCACUCGAAUUGUCCGCUUUGUCGGGCUAAGAUCAUCGUCCCUACCACUCAAGAACCGGACCAUCGCCUUGUGGUAAUCAAUCUUGAUCGGUUUACUAGCAAUGUUGGAUCAAGAGAAGGCAAUGUAGUCGUUGUUGAUCAUCGUGAAGAGGUUAGUGAUUUGGUUAGUUCUCAUCAUCCACGCCGAUUCUCGGCCGCGGAUAUUGUUAUGCGGAUGAGCAGAGACGGAGAAGAGGAGGAGGAAACUUAUGAUCUUGAAAAUGGAAACAGAGUGAAACGACUUAUAGGCUUGAAAAGAUCAUUCUCAAGUGGUAGAUUGAUUCUUGGGACUCAAGGAAGGACUAGGAGAUCUCUAAGCCUACUUCCUUCACACUAA